CCCGAUCUCUUUAGCUUUCAGUUUCGUGUUUGAAGCUCUACAAAAUUUGUUAGUUUAGAAUGUCGGCGGAUAAACAUUUAGAAAUUGUAGAAUUCAGCUUGGCAGAUGAGAGUGCGGCAAAAAUAAAAGCAGCAGCGGCAGCAGCAGACGAGAAAGCGCCAAAAACUUUUAAAACAUCAGAGAAAGAGAACUGUAACAGACAAUCCCCGACAGCUGCCACUGCCACUACAACAGCGGCUUCAACAGCAAGUGCAACGCCAGCAAAGUGCUGCUCGAGCCAAGCUCCCAAGGCGGAACAGGCCACGCCCACAAGCAGCGCCGCAGCCACGGUUCGUCUGGGCAGCCAAGCAGCCGGCCAGGAUGCGACCGAUGGCAUGGGCAAUGGUACGGAGCUCAAGUUUCAGUCGUAUGUGAAUGGCAACGGCAACGGUGUUUACAAGAUCAUCAAGACACUGGGCAAGGGCAACUUUGCCAAGGUGAAGCUGGCUCUCCAUGUGCCCACUGGUCGUGAGGUGGCCAUCAAGGUGAUAGACAAGACGCAGCUGAACACCAGCGCCAGACAGAAGCUGUACCGUGAGGUGCGCAUCAUGAAGCUGUUAAAUCAUCCGAACAUUGUCCGGCUAUUCCAGGUGAUCGAGUCGGAGCGCACGCUCUAUCUGAUCAUGGAAUACGCCAGUCGCGGCGAGCUAUUCGAUCAUCUGGUCAAGAACGGACGCAUGCGGGAGCGAGACGCUCGUCUCAUCUUCCGGCAGCUGGUUUCGGCCAUUCAGUAUUGCCACAGCAAGUUUGUGGUGCAUCGCGAUCUGAAGGCCGAGAAUCUGCUGCUCGAUCAGCACAUGAAUAUCAAGAUCGCAGACUUUGGAUUUGGCAAUACGUUCGAUCCGAACGCACAGCUGGAAACGUUUUGUGGUAGCCCGCCAUAUGCCGCACCGGAGCUGUUUAUGGGGCGGAAGUAUGCCGGGCCCGAGGUGGAUGCCUGGUCGCUGGGUGUGGUCCUCUAUACGCUGGUCAGUGGCUCGCUGCCCUUCGAUGGCGGCACACUGAAGGAGCUGCGGGAGCGUGUGCUGCGAGGCAAAUAUCGUGUGCCCUACUACAUCUCAAUGGACUGUGAGAAUCUGAUGCGCAAAUUCCUCGUGCUCAAUCCGGCCAAGCGCACCACACUGAAUGGUGUCAUGGGCGAUAAGUGGAUUAACCUCGGGCACGAGGAAGCGGAUCGGCUGCGUCCGUUUCGCGAGAAGCCCAUGGAGCUGCAGGAUGCCGUGCGACUGGAUCAGCUGGUCCACAUGGGCUACAAGCGUCGGGAUGUUGAGGCAUCCCUGAGGGGUCAGGCCUUUGAUGACAUUUACUGCACCUACAUGCUGCUGGGCGUGGCCAAACCACGCGGCUCCCGCCAGACCACGUCAGAAACAACCACUUCGGACAGUUCCUCUUCCAGCGUCCUGCCCUUGGCCAGCUGUGUGCAGGUGACGCUGCCCCUCGAGAAAACUCUUUCAGCCACAAAUCGUCCUCUGCCGCCGCGAGUGGCUAAUGCGCUGGCUGCGGCUAGCCCAGCACCAAACACCAUCACAAGUCCGCCCACCACCGCCGCCGCAGCAGCAGCGGCAGCAGCACCACCGCCCGCCAAGCCCACACGCCGCACGCCCGCCCGCAAGACAGUCUCCUCCAGUACCGGCAACAGCACAACCACCACGCCUAGUCGCAAUCGCUCCCCGCAGACGCCUCAGAGCAAGCGCGCCAUCAGCUCCAGUGGGGCUGGCGGCGUUGAUGUCAAACCCACGCUGCUCAGCGCCCAGCGGCAGCUGGCCCAGGCCCAGAAGUUGGCCAACAGUCCGCAACGCUUCCACUACCAGGGCUCCGGGCGAAGGCCCACAACGCUCUACGAGAAGGCUGAGCCCGCGACAGCAGCAGCAGCAGCAGCAGCACCGACUGCGGCAGCGAGUCCUUUGCAGGCGCCCAGAUCGCCCUUGGAUGGGCGUCUGCUGGAACGGCUGCACGUCAAUGCCCAGGCAACUGGUGCUUGUGCCGCUGGCCGUGCCACGCCCACGCCCACGCCGACGCCCCCGCCGGACAAGUCCGGCGACAAGCCCUUCACGCGAAGCAAUGUGGCGCGCGCCACGUUUCACUUUGGUCAGGGGCGCAGUGGCAAGCAUGGGCGCGGCAACUCUGGCAACUGCGAUGAGGAUAGCUACCAUCAGGCGCCGCCACUCUCGGCGGACGACACCAAGCCCGCCUCCCGCGUCGGCUUCUUCUCCAAGCUGACGGCGCGCUUUGGCCGCCGUGUAAUCCAACUAAACGAGAAGGAUGUCGCCGAGCAGCGGAAGAACCUGACCAAGUAGCAUAGUAUUACUAUGUAUACAUACAUAUAUAUAUAUAUAUGUAUGUGUAUGUAUAUGUGUAUAUAUAUGUGUAUAUAUAUAUUCAUAUAUCGUUCAUGUACGCCGAGUAACCCCAAAUGCAUGCCUCAAAAUGUCACCAAGUUGUUGGAAAGUACAAAAGAAAAACUACAAAAAUAUAUAUAUACAUAUGAAAAACAAUUCAAAAAAAGUAAGCAAAGGAAAAUGAUAUCGAAUGAGAAGCAACAACAACAUCAAGUGGAAAAAACUAACGUUAAAAUUGUUAACUGCUCUUUAGAACUAUAAGUGAUAGUAGAGUAUAUAUAUUUAGUUGGUAUAUUUUUUAAAACUGAACAAAAUACAUACACACAUAAUCAUAA